AUGGAUAAGUUCAAGUUGCCCUCGUUCGGUAAAGCUACGCAUCAUAGUCCGCCAGAUAUGAGCAAUGUGGACCCGCAACCCAGACAGUUGUACGUCGCUAAUUGUCCUAACAACUCAUACGCACUGGCCAAUGUUGCUGCAGUGUCUCCACAGGAUUUCCCAGAUAAUAUUUACAUCCUAGUGGAUAACUUGUUCGUCUUUACCACCAGACACUCAAGUGAGUUGGCAGCAGGAACAAUUGGUUUCAACGGUAACCAACGUACCUGGGGUGGUUGGUCUUUAAACCAAGAGGUUCAGGCUAGAGCUUUUGAUCUUUUCAAGUACUCGGGAAAACAUUCUUACUUGGGGUCGCUGGAUGUGGAUAUUUCAUUCAGAUCAAGAGGGAAAGCAGUCAAUGCUCCAUUUGACCAGGAUGAAUUAGCAUUACAUUUUGCCAAGUGUUUUGAGUCACAGAUUUUCUCACCUACACAGUACCUGAUUUUCGAGUUCAAAGGCCAUAUAUUCGACCUGAAAGUAAGAAAUCUUCAAACAAUUGACCUAGGGGACAUUGAACCCGUCUCACCCGUGUCGUCUAGUAUCGAAGCAAAAGGCAUUCUUACAAAACAAACUCAGAUCAAUUUCUUCAAAGGUAGAGAUGGUUUAGUAAAUUUAAAGUCUUCAAAUUCCUUGAGACCAAGGUCAGAUGCCGUUAUCAGGUCAGACUUCAAGUUUGAAGACCUCGGGGUUGGUGGUCUUGAUAAGGAAUUCACCAAAAUUUUCAGAAGAGCUUUUGCUAGUAGAAUUUUUCCACCAGCCGUCAUUGAGAAGUUGGGUAUUUCACACGUCAAGGGUUUGCUGUUAUUUGGUCCGCCCGGUACUGGUAAGACAUUGAUCGCCAGAAAAAUCGGUACAAUGCUUAAUGCUAAAGAACCUAAAAUUGUCAAUGGUCCCGAAAUCCUAAGUAAGUAUGUGGGUUCUUCUGAGGAGAAUAUUCGUAAUCUGUUCAAGGAUGCCGAAACUGAGUACAGAGCUAAAGGUGAGGAAUCUUCAUUACAUAUCAUCAUUUUCGAUGAAUUAGACUCUGUUUUCAAACAAAGAGGUUCUCGUGGUGAUGGUACAGGUGUUGGUGAUAACGUUGUUAACCAACUUUUGGCCAAGAUGGAUGGUGUGGAUCAAUUAAACAACAUUCUAGUGAUAGGUAUGACAAACAGAAAAGAUCUGAUUGAUAGUGCCCUACUGCGUCCCGGCAGAUUCGAGGUUCAAGUGGAGAUUCAUCUGCCUGACGAGAAGGGUAGACUACAGAUUUUUGACAUUCAAACUAAGAAGAUGCGUGAAAAUAAGAUGAUGGAUAAAGAUGUUGAUUUGGCAGAGCUAGCUGCCUUGUCAAAGAACUUUUCCGGUGCUGAAAUUGAAGGUCUGGUGAAAAGUGCAAGUUCUUUUGCGAUAAACAAGACAGUUAACAUCGGGAAAGGUGCAACGAAGCUGAAUCAAAAGGAUAUUGCUAAACUUAGAGUGACUCGUGAAGAUUUCUUGAAUGCACUGCAAGAAGUUACACCUGCAUUUGGUAUUAGUGAGGAGGACCUAAAGACGUGUGUAGAAGGUGGUAUGUUCAGAUACUCUGAGCGAGUGGAUGCCAUUCUGAAGAACGGUGGUCGUUAUGUUCGUCAAGUGCGCGAAAGCGAGAAAUCCAGACUUGUUUCCUUACUUCUCCACGGUCCGUCUGGAUCAGGUAAAACUGCCUUGGCAGCUGCAAUUGCACUAAAAUCAGAAUUUCCUUUCAUCAGACUAAUCUCUCCGACGGAACUUUCUGGUAUGUCUGAAAGUGCCAAGAUCGCGUAUAUCGAUAACACUUUCAGAGACGCUUACAAGUCUCCACUGAAUAUCUUGGUCAUCGAUUCGAUAGAGACCCUUGUCGAUUGGGUUCCAAUUGGUCCAAGAUUCUCCAACAACAUUUUACAAGUGUUAAAAGUUGCACUCAAACGUAAGCCACCUCAGGAUCGUCGUCUGUUACUGAUGACCACCACUUCAGCAUAUAGCGUGCUCCAGCAAAUGGAUAUACUAAGUUGCUUCGACAGUGAAAUCGCAGUGCCAAACAUGACUAACCUUGACGAGUUUAACAACGUAAUGAUCGAGUCGAACUUCCUGGACGACGAAGGCAGAGUCAGAGUAAUAAAGGAAAUGUCAGAAGUGUGCCCUAAAUUCAACAUUGGUAUCAAGAAGGUCUUGACCAACAUAGAGACUGCCAGGCACGAUGACGAUCCCGUUAGUGAAAUUGUAGAAUUAAUGGCGCAAUCGGCUUAG